AUGGAAUAUCUCUGCGCCUUCAAGUACAGAGUCUCAGGUCUAUAUCACAGCGUCAAUCUGCUGCUUAGUCCUUCUCUCAUCACAAAUACUGAUGAAACGUUCGAUGCCUCUGGAACGCCCAUAGAAACCCUUGUACGCUAUUUAUGGCGAUUCCAUCCAUCUUCAAUCGACGGGGCAGAGUCUCUCAUCAAGGUGAUUCUAGCUCCCGCUUUGGAUAUGUAUCCAGGAGUGACAUUUUCCAUGUUCGAAUGCAUCACCCUGAGUAUGUCGACAGCGUCAUUUCGCUUUCUAGUUGGGACCGUCUUCUUCCUGUUCCAGCCAUCAAACUCAGAGAGCCCCUUACAUACGCUGUUGGCCUCUGCUGCUGAUGCACUCUUUGCUAAGCAGUCGCAGCUGUCCAUAUCCGAAGUGAUACAGCAACUACCCCCUGGUCGUCGAAAUUGA